GUUUAGUGGAGCUAAGCCUAAGUCCCCUAAAAUCAUUAUUCGAGAGCUGUCAAAGAGACAGAGUCACGAGUUAGACACGUGCACGCAAAACCCUAGUGCUUUCGGUGAUUUCAUCAAUAGCACAAUAUUAUUCUCUGGCUUGGCGUGUAUAUUUUCCAUUCUCCAUUGCAGCCCAUUCUCUUUUUCUCUAUUUACUUUCCGUAUUACUUAUUAAGGCAAGCCUUUUCAUCAUCCUCUCCCCACCAUCACCACACAAAAGUCCAUGCUUUCGUACCAGGCAAGCCAAUUACGCAUCAAUGACCUCAACGUUCUCACAUGAUAAAGACUAUACUUCACUCCUACGUCUUUUUUUAACUCAAAAUGACAUACACUAGAUUAACUCACGCCAAUGCCUUAACCAUGAGAAUCAAAAUAAUCUUCUGGCUCUCUGGCUUUUCCAUUGCACUCCUCUCCGUCAUAAUAGCUGUGUAUGCCAUCCUUCCUUCCUCUACUUUUAGUACUGCCAUUUUUUCUCAAAACAGUUUCAGCCGUGCUAUUUUCAAGAAGGUUGUUCAGCAAAGUGGCGUCGAUGAUUUUCUGUCCCGCCUAACACUCAUAGUGUCUGGAGACCAUCAUCGAAGGAAGCCGGAAAGGAAAUGCGACAACAGAAAAUGGAAGUCUAGGCUCAUCUCCAUCUACAAUGUGGCCCUCGUUUUGACAGUUGACUUGAAGGGAUGCGGGGAUUUUAGUAGUGUCCAGGAGGCAGUAAAUGCUGUUCCUGACAGUAGCCCCUCUAGGAUCCUCAUCGUUAUUGAUUCUGGUACAUACAGGGAAAAAGUGGUAGUAAACACCAACAAGACAAAUUUGAUAUUUCAAGGUCAGGGAUAUCUUAACACAGCUAUAGCAUGGAAUGACACUGCAAAUUCUACUGGAGGGACUUCAUACAGUUCUUCAGUUGCCAUUUUUGCCGCCAACUUCACUGCUUACAACAUCAGCUUUGAGAACACAGCUCCUCCUCCAUUCCCUGGAAUGGUUGGAGCGCAAGCCGUGGCACUCAGAAUUGCAGGCGAUAUGGCUGCAUUUUAUGGAUGUGGAUUUUAUGGAGCCCAAGACACUCUUUAUGAUGAAAGUGGGAGGCAUUAUUUCAGAGAAUGUUUCAUCCAAGGGUCCAUCGAUUUCAUUUUUGGAAAUGGUAGAUCUCUCUAUGAGGGGUGCAACAUUAAUUCAAUGGCAAAACAAGUCUCCGAUGAGAUCAGUGGCUCUAUCACAGCUCAAGCUAGGCAGUCGAUGAAUGAGCAAACAGGAUUUUCGUUUGUGAAUUGUAACAUCAGUGGAAGUGGGAAAGUAUGGCUUGGGCGAGCUUGGGGAGUUUAUGCAACUGUUGUCUUCUCCACAACAUAUAUGUCAGAUGUCGUAGCUCCAGUUGGCUGGAAUGAUUGGCAAGACCCCUCUAGAGACCAGACGGUCUUCUUUGGAGAGUAUCAAUGUUUGGGACCAGGAGCAAAUUACACAAAUAGGACUUCAUAUGGAAAGCAACUUGAGCAAUCUGAAGCAACUCUCUACAUGGAUAUUACCUAUAUUAACGGAGAUGAAUGGCUAAGUUAUCAUCGAAAUCAUUUAUUUCCUCUUGAUUGGAUAGAAAAUCCAGUCUUUUUGUGAAGUACAUUUUUAGUUUCAUGUUCAUUAUUAGACCAUUCCCAAUAGCAUUUUGCAUUACCUUGUAGCAACAAAAAAACACCAAAACAGACAUCCCAUCAGAUUAUGUAUUCCUGUAGCAAACAAUAGAUAUUACUAUACUAAAAUGCAAAUAUACUUAUUAUGUUGUAGCAAAUGUAAACUUAUUUUGCUUAUUAGAUACACUUGUCUUUCUCU